AUGGGUAUUGUGAGCGAGCAUUCAUCUAAGGUAGACGUGCUACAAACGAUUGUCAAUGGAGCUAAGAUGAGUGCCCCGGGGCCAGCUGCAGUAGAACAACUCAUAGUGGACAACUGUAAGAAUGUUUACCUAGCAGGGCUUGAAAGCACAGCAAACACUGCAGCCUGGACCUUGAUGUUGCUUGCAACGCAUCCAGAAUGGCAAAAUCGUGUCCGUGCAGAGGUUUCUGAAAUUUGUGGGGAAAGUUUGCCAAAUGCCACAAUGCUUAGCAAAAUGAAAGUGUUGACAUCAGUGAUUCAGGAAGCAUUAAGACUCUACCCUCCAGGACCCUUUAUAGCAAGAGAAACCUUAGAAGAUAUGAAGUUUGGAGACCUUGAAAUCCCAAAAGGUGUUGGUGUUUGGGUUGCUGUGAUGCCACUUCACCAUGACCCUAAACUUUGGGGCCCUGAUCCAAGCAAAUUUAAUCCAGAGAGGUUCGCUAAUGGGAUAGGAAGUGCUUGA